UUUCAUUUCCCGCUUUCUCCCGCUCUCAUAAAAUUAACUCUGCGCCAGGUUUAAAUUUUUCUCUCAUUUUCUCCCAUAUUUUUUCUCGAGAAAAGUGUGGCCAGAAAAUCACAUCGAAAGCGAGAGACACACACCGCAAGUGAUGGCGGAUAACGGCGACUUCGCCGGCACAAUCUGUUCAAUCUGCUACGAAAAUCUCAACCCCAUUACCGAAGACCUUCAAUCAGUCUCCAUCUGCGGCCACGUCUUUCACGAACUUUGUUUGCAGCAAUGGUUCGAAUACUGUGGGACAUCGAAGAAACAUACUUGUCCAGUUUGCAAGCAAGGUUGCAAGGCGAAAGAUGCGUGUCGGCUUUAUUUUCAAUCGAUUGGAGAUGUAAAAGAAGCUGUUUUGACUCAGAAGCAACUCGGUGUCGAAGAAAACGCUGGUGUUUUGAGAAAGGAAGUUAAGAGAUUGGAGGUUAAAGUUUCGGGUAUUAGUUCGGUUUUGGAACGACAAACUAAGGAGUUAGAUGAACUUAAAGAUGAGCUCUGUACUUGCAAGGAGCAGACAAAGAAAGAAACAGCAUUAAAGAAUGAAGCGUUGAAUCAGAAAGCAUCAAUGCAAAUCCAGCUUCAUGUGAAAACAGAGGAGCUUGAGAAGUCAAGUUUGGAGCGUUUUAGAUUGCAAGAGAGAAAUAUGGCUUUGGCUAAAGAGCUCGCAGCAUUAAAGUUAGUGUCUGAUCUGAACCUUGAUGAAGAUGAUGUUUUGAAGCUUGCCACUUUGGGUAAUGGAGCCAACAGUAAAGAAACAGUAGACACACUAAAAAGAUCUCUUGUCCUGAGGAAUAGGAGUUACAAAGAGUUAAUGGCCAAGUGCAAUCUUCUGGGGAGAGGUGAGGCUCGGUAUAAUAAAAAGCUUGAGAAGGCUAAAGAGAAGAUCACUAAACUGAAGGCAAGAGUACAAGAACUGGAGACAACAAUGGAAGUAAAACAGAACGAAUAUUUGAGGCAUCUGAAAAUUGCAAAGAAUAUUGAAAAUAAAAUCAAUUCUAAUUCUGAUGCAUUGACGGCAAACAAAUUUUCUUCCAAAGAGCAAAGCAAACAAAGUUCAACACCCAAGUCUGGAACGGAUCUGAACAAGAAUGACAACAUCAAAUCUUUACAAUCUUUGGAUACAGAGAAAUCCAAAGCUACAAAAAAUAAGGAUGUGAAUAUUAUUAAUAAUGGAAGUAAAACUACCUUGUCUCUUGAUAAAGAGAUUGAUUGUAUCGUUAUCGAUGAAGAUGACUAUGAAGAUCAUGACAAGGUUGAUCUAGGAAAGCCAGAAGCAGCACCUGGAACAAAGACUAAAACAUCAUUGCAAGGAAUAUGUAAUUUGGCCGAGUCUUCAAAAGUUGAUAGUGACAAUGAUAUAGUUGACGUUACUAUUGGGACUAUGGAUGAUGAUGUGACACUACAAGCCAAUGCUAAACAAGUUCAACCUAUGGUUAACAUUAGAAAAGAGUCACCAUUAACAACUUCAAGUUCAGUGGACAUAUGCUUUUCUGGUGGAUUGCUUGGUCCUGAUGGAACUCAAAGAUUCUUGGGUAAAUGGUGCAAGCGUGGACAAAAUGGUGAAUCAACAUCCACAAAUGGUUCAAGUAACGGGAAUUUGAUAUCUGUAGGAGCUGAUGGUAGAGGUGGCAAAGUCAAAGUUCUAAGGACUCCAAGCCAAGCUUUCUCGGAUGGUAAGGAAAAUUCAGCUUUGAAGAGGUUGAAGAUUACACCUAAUAAAGCAAGUGGUUUGCAAUCCCGGGGGUGCCUGCAGAUUGAACACUUUUUUGGGAGGGUCAGUCAGUAAAUUUUUGGUUUUUGUAUUGUCCUUGUGAUGCAAAAAGCAAAGGGAAUGCAUCCAAUCUCAAUAAGGAAAACAAUGGAAGAUUGUAUAUUAUUUUUUUUUGGAAAGUUUUCACCAGUUUGGAUCCAAUUACUUGUUUUGGAACAAGGUGUUGUUUUCAUUGGUGGACAUGUUAUUCAUGGAAUUGUUGUGCUUCUGGGUCUAACUAAAAUAGAUACUAUUCGGUUAUAAGUAUAAACAAAAGUUAAGAUGUAUUUGAUUUAAAAUUUGGAUCAUAUACAUUCUGAAGGUUGUUUAUA